AUUCUAUUAGAAUAUGCGGCGCUUGAGUUUUUAUAUAUUUCUAUCAAUUUGAUCACAUAGUUUAAACGUGAAAAAAUAGUGCUUUCACGAUUGCAUCUCGAGAUCCAGACGCAAAGGACUUUUCUCCGCAAAUCUUUGAAUCAAAGCCUCUCUUGCUACAUUCUGCAGCUCCGCUCACUACUUCAAAAAAUCUCCACGCAAAUUUAUUUCUGUGCGCAAUUCGGCGUAUGCAGCGGUUGGAUCUGUCGGCGGAGCUUCGGCCAGAUCUGAGACGCACUCAGUCAAUUGAUCUCCGGUCGAAUCAGAAUCGGCUCGUAGUUGUAACCACAAGUUGAAUUUUCAUAGCCGGCCUUGGGGGGUUGGCUGAUGAAGAACGGGAUGAUAGAAUGCAGUGUCUGUCAUUCCAAAAUAGUUAAUCCAUCCACUAAGGCUGUUUCACGAGCUUAUGACCGACAUAGGAGCAAGAUAUCGUCAAAGCAGCGGGCGCUUAACUUCUUAUUAGUUGGCGGUGAUUGUGUCCUUGUUGGUUUCCAGCCUAUUUUAGUUUAUAUGUCAAAGGUGGAUGGCCGCUUCAAGUUUAGCCCGAUUAGUGUCAACUUUUUGACAGAGGUUGCUAAAGUUCUUUUUGCAAUCACAAUGCUUUUGUUCCAGGCUAGGCGACAGAAAGUUGGUGAAAAGCCGCUUCUCUCACUUUCAACAUUUAUGCAGGCUGCUCGCAACAAUAAACUUCUUGCAGUUCCAGCCCUACUUUAUGCUAUAAAUAACUACCUGAAGUUUACUAUGCAGCUAUAUUUCAACCCCGCAACAGUGAAAAUGUUGAGCAAUUUAAAGGUUUUGGUAAUUGCUGUACUUCUCAAGUUCAUCAUGAAACGUCGAUUCUCAAUAAUUCAGUGGGAGGCUCUUGCUUUGCUGCUGAUAGGGAUUAGUAUAAAUCAACUUAAAUCCAUGCCGGAGGGUUCCACUGCUUUGGGUCUCCCCAUUACAACUGGUGCAUAUAUGUGCACACUGAUAUUUGUAACAGUUCCUUCUAUGGCCUCUGUCUUCAAUGAAUAUGCCCUUAAAAGCCAAUAUGACACCAGCAUUUAUCUUCAGAACCUAUUUUUAUAUGGAUACGGAGCUAUAUUCAACUUUCUUGGAAUUCUCGGAACUGUCAUUUUUAAAGGUCCCAGCAAUUUCAAUAUACUGGAAGGACAUUCAAAAGCUACCAUGUUUUUGAUAUGUAACAACGCUGCACAAGGAAUUCUAUCCUCCUUUUUCUUCAAAUAUGCUGACACGAUCUUGAAGAAGUAUUCUUCGACUGUUGCAACAAUAUUUACAGGCAUAGCAUCUGCUGCUUUGUUUGGCCAUACUUUGACCAUAAACUUUUUGUUAGGGAUUUCAGUGGUUUUCAUUUCAAUGCACCAGUUCUUUUCACCUCUUGCAAAAGCCAAGGAUGAAGAACAAAAUGGGGUGGUAGAAAGAACUGAUAUUCAGGAAAACCAUAGGUCAAGGGAUUCAUCCUUCAUAAAUAUGGCUGCUGGAGCUAAUGAUGAGGCUAGUCACCGUGUCGGACCUGACGAAAAGCAACCCCUUCUUCCCACUUGAAGCUGAUCCAUCGGUUGUUUCCUUGGCACUUCUAGCUCAGAAGAGAAGAUAACACGAUGUUGAUCACCGUUAACACUGACUGCUUCCACGAAAUACGGUUAGCUGUUAUUCUUCUUUUCGACACGCUGCAUCUUCCUUGGAAUAGUUUUGAAAUGCUUGGAAGUAUAGAAAGAUUACUGCCGCAUGAUUGUUUGCAGGCCUUUACUCGAAUUCCCAAUAUAUUCCCUACACUACAAUAUGUAAAUUGAUGAGUUCUAGUUACAGUUAUGUAUUGAUUCAUUUUUUGUAUCAAGAUGUAUCUUAUUUCAUUGAGGUUUAUCUUCUUCUUUUUUUCCAGAUGCUAUUUCCAGUUUUUGGUCUGUAAAUUAGCGAGUACAUUUCGAGAUUUUGUCACUACUUUUUCGUUACAAUAUGGAUUUUGUUUUGUGGAAAAAGUAUUAUUUGUUGUUUCAUAA